UCAGGAGCUGGGACCUGUGCGGGAUGCACGCUCGAGAGGCGGGCAUGUCUCCCCUGCACUGCUUCCUCCUCGACGUGCAGUUCCAGGUGAGCCUUUUGUCCCCCCGACAAGGGAAAAUCCCUAGUUUUCAGACUUCAUUUCUUUUGCUCAUUUAUGUUCAUGAAAUAUGGAUUUUCUAAAACGUUCCCCUUUUCUCGUUUACAAAUCCAGAAAUUGUCUCUGUUCCUCAAAGUCAGUUGUGUGAAUUGUUUUCAUUCUUAGGGUCCCGUGCUGCUGUUUUCCUAGAAGUUUUCGUGCUCUACGCAGGCCAGUGACCUGGGUCGGGAUGGAUAAUCUUUAUUCGUGAGAAAUGGAGCUUCUGAAAGUCAGUGUGAGACUCAGCCUGGUUGUCAUGUGUCUGCAGAUCACUGGCACUGGUGACGGGACAGCAUGACAAAUGCCACGUUUCCACCUGCUGUCCUGAGGAGCUGAGCGGCCCCACUUCUCCGAGCCAGAGGCCCGUCCCCAGAGUAUCCCUGGUCAGCACGAGCGGACCGCUCUGACCAGGCCCAGCCGGGCUCUGUUGCUCCGUUGCUUUAAGGAGGAAAUGUCUGCAAGUCUUAAGGGGGUCGAGACGAAUGUCAGAAUUGGCACCUGGGCUUUUUCCUUCCAAACGUGUGCUGUGUCCACAGACCAGCAGCCAUUGGCCUCUCCGGGGAGUGUCCGGGACGGGUUCAGAGCAGUGGGAGCCCCGAGUGAGCAGCUCCCUGGCUCUGCAGGAGAAGGGACAGCAGGUGUCUGUUGUCCGGAGGACGCCGCUCUGCACGGAACCCAGGUGCUUGCUGCACACGGGCCCUGCGAACUGGCGGCAGGGGACAGGUGGCCGCCCUGUGGCACGCGGUCACCGGUGGCGGGCUCAGGCGUGCGCGCACUGCCCCUGGGCCCACGCCGCACCCCUGCGGGGCUGGUGAUGGCGGGUGAGCACAGCACACAGGGAACUUGCACACCUGAGCGUGGCCUUGACCUAGGAGCUGUGGCCCUGAGAGAAGGGACUCCCCUGCAGGAGAACGUGCGGAGGGGUCAUCUGGGCCCAGGGCCUGUUGGAGUCGUCGGCACCUCGUCCGACAGUGCAUCCCUCUACUUGGGGUGUGCGCGAAGCACAGUCCCCGGAACACGGGCCUGCCAGCCGCCAGGAUGCCAGCGCUGGGCUAGGACAGCUGCUGUCGACCUCGAGCCCUGCGCGGUUGAGGACGUCGUGAGCCACAAACCUGGGAUUCCUCUGAUAACCAGAGUGUCUGAACGUAGUGUACGGGUGCAGAACAGAUACAGGAGGAUCUGUACGGUGCGUCCGAGAGGCCGCCGCCACCGCCGUGCUGUAGGAAAGUCUUUUGAAGUAGACACAGGUUUGCUCAGGAUGGAGCAGAUUCUAAGAGCACACGAAACCCCAACACCACGGGGAGGACUAGAUCCAGCAAUCCAGAGUGAGUGGAGAGGAGGGCACGGACAGGGGCCCUGGGCAGGAGGCGAGUGUCCAAGGUGGCCACCCAGACGGAAGUCCCCCCCCGGCAGGGACGCACGGCUUCGUGUCCCAGCAGUACAGCGGAACCUGCAUUUGUUCCGGGAUUCUACGGCAUGACAAAGAACUCUGCGUUAAAAGAGUUAAAUGUCUUUAGGAGACAACCUGCAUCCACUUGAAUGUAGUCUUUCCUAUAAUAGUGUGAAUAUAAGGCCACAAUAUUUACUUGGGAUAAACCCCUCAUGUAGUCAUUUUAAUAAACAUUCAUUCUUUGCAAAUAUAAA